UACGUCAUUUCCGGGACCGCAACACGGAAGCCAAGGAAAGAAAACAAAUAAUCGUUCAAAUCUGCGUCGACUGGAAGUCGAAGAAGACGCCUCAAACACCGCCUUUAACCGUCCGGAUCACCGACUCGAUACCACGAUGGACUUCCUUUUUGGCAAGAGGAAGACUCCGGAGGAGAUGUUGAGGCAGAAUCAGAGGGCGCUAAACAAAGCCAUGAGGGAGCUGGACCGGGAGCGGAUGAAGCUGGAGCAGCAGGAGAAGAAGAUCAUCGCUGACAUAAAGAAAAUGGCCAAACAGGGACAGAUGGACGCCGUCAAGAUCAUGGCCAAGGACCUGGUCCGCACGCGGCGCUACGUGAAGAAGUUCAUCAUGAUGAAAGCCAACAUCCAGGCCGUUAGUCUAAAGAUACAGACGCUCAAGUCCAACAACAGCAUGGCGCAGGCCAUGAAGGGGGUCACCAAAGCCAUGGCCACCAUGAACAGACAGCUGAAGCUGCCUCAGAUCCAGAAGAUCAUGAUGGACUUCGAGCGGCAGAGCGAAAUCAUGGACAUGAAGGAGGAGAUGAUGAACGACGCCAUCGACGACGCCAUGGGAGACGAGGACGACGAGGAGGAGAGCGACGCCAUCGUGUCCCAGGUGCUGGACGAGCUGGGUCUCAAUCUGUCCGACGAGCUGUCGAAUCUCCCGAGCACCGGGGGGAGCUUGUCGGUGGCCGGGGGGAAGAAGGUGGAGCCUCAGACCGCCGUGGCCGACGACAACGCCGACCUGGAGGAGCGGUUGAAUAACCUCAGGAGAGACUGAAUCUAGAUUCUCUGGAAGGAUUAACUGUGUUUAUAAAGCUGUGUGUGUUGCUUCUUUGGUUUCCGAGGUGUUUUUUUUCUUUUUCUUUUCUUAUUAUUUGUAUGUAUUUGAUCAACAGAAAAAGGAAAACCUUUUUAAGGGUCGUUACCUUCCACAGCGCUCCUUGCGUCAUCGAAAAAACAUCAACCAAAUCUUCCGAAAGUGACCAUCUGUGUAAAUACUAACUCCUCUGACGUUUUUCACACUUUAAAUAAACACUAAAAAGUAAAAGAACCCAAAAGGAAA